AAAAAAAAAAAACUUAGUUGAGGCCUUUCUGCAUGAAUAAAAACAGGGGCACAAAAUCAACAGCACAAAACAAUCCCUUUUUUAUUCAUCAACAACGGAUUAUCAAAUGAGCAAAUUCUUCAUGUUCACACUUCUUCUCUGCUUCUUAACCGAUCCAAUUUUCUCAAUCGUCCAGCUCAGUUCCAUCUCCACUUCGUUCCCGGACACUCCCGCCAGAUUCACUGCAGGUCUGAACGGCAGCGCAAUCUGCGGCGGUUUGUGGGUGGCUGAGCCGCUCGACGCCUGCUCGCCGCUCCUCGAUGAAGUCGAAGACGGCCGUGAUGAGAAUGCGAAUAUUGUUCUGAUUGUGAGGGGAAAUUGCGCGUUUGACGAGAAGAUCAGAAAUGCGCAGGAAGCUGGGUUCCGCGCCGCCAUCAUAUACGAUGAUAAGCUCAACCACAACCUCAUCUCAAUGAUGGGAAACCAUGAAGGACUGUGGAUAUAUGCUGUAUUUGUGUCGAACACAGCAGGGGAGACCCUCAGAGAGAAUGCUCGAGGAGUGGGAGGCGAAUGCUGCAUCAUCUCACUUGUUGAUGAAACUGCCUGGACGGUUCUGGUUAUAUCAUUUAUUUCACUCCUUGCUGUAAUAUGUCUCCUGGUUUCAAUUUGCUUCACGGUCAAUCAGUGGAGGAAUCAUCAAGAGACAAGGACUACUGCUGUUGAUGAUAAUGUUGUGGAUAUGCUCCCUAGAAUAACAUUCGGCUCCGUGAAUCUGUCCACUCCCAUAGGAGAGACAUGUACAAUCUGUCUCGAGGACUACAAACAUGGGGAAAGCCUGAAAAUUCUUCCUUGCCGACAUGGUUUCCACUCGAGCUGUGUAGAUUCAUGGUUGACAAAGUGUGCUGCAUUCUGUCCAGUCUGUAAGCAUGAUGUAAGAACUAGAAUGACUUCAUCAAUCAAGUGAGCAACCUACCGUACCGGACCUUAUAUGCAGUCUGCUCAGCUCUCGUUCUUGGCAUGCCAACGAUGGUCUUGAAAGUGCACGGAGGACGUACUAGUUUUCUCCUCUAGUCAAGAUCAACACGAGAAAACUUGAUACACUAAAAGAUUGAUAUAAGCAGAGAAGGGGAACUGUUUAGAUAGAACGACUGCAUAAAGGAGCAAAUGCCUAUUGCUGCGAGCGGUGGGAAUGUGUCUUGGAAACAAGUAAGCAACAAUGGAUGCUUUGCUUUUCUUUUUUCUUUCUGACUGUAUAUGAUGGGAUGUUCAAGACAGUAUAAAUAUUUGUUGUAUAAAGUAGUCAUUUUUCGUAA